CCAGUGACCAGUGUGACCGGUGGCCUUCAUACCGGACACAUGCACUCCUUGGCGUCAGCCACCCAGACAUCCACUAGGAUUGUCUCUUCAUCCCUUGAAUCUACAGUUGAUGUUUCUUCUUCUCUGACCAUGUCAGAACAUUUCCAAAAUACCUCUUUUCUUGGAACUGCAAAUUCUAUGCAGCUCUCCCUUCCUCUAGUGAGCAAUGCGGCUUCCCUAACAGGAAACAUCUCCAACUUCUCCAGGGCCUCUGCUCCAGCUGUUAGCUCAGCAUGGCUACUGCCAUCAGCCUCUGGCACCUCUUUCCAGCCACUCACGGGCAGUGCCUACCUUUACCAACAUUCUAGGACAGCUAUGUUGUCUGGGGUUAGUGGCCAGAGCCAUAACUCUACUUCAGCUUCCACUUACCCAGGCGUUUUUGAGUGGGACGUUACAGCAAGCACAGCAAAGAAGUCACCCUCACUCAGGGACUUCACUGUGACUGUCAUUGACCAGAACGCAGCUGUCUCUUCCAUGUCUAUGACAGCCCAGCAUGAUAAAACUUCAGAUGCCAAUAUUAUAGUCCCUCUGUAUCCAACACUAUCUGCCAGCCUUGUUCAGGGGACACAAUCGGAAAUCCCUAAUCAGCAGGGCCAAAGCUUGUCACUUCCCUACCAGAAAGGAAGGCAGGUCUAUUACUAUAAUGCAGACACACUGGGGCCUCAGCUCUCUGGAGAACUUGGCCCCUGGCUGCAAUCCUAUGGCUCUGUGUCAUAUACAGAAAUUAGGGCCUCUGCCCAUCAACCAGAAAUGGUGAUGGUGCUAAAGGAGGUUCAGCCCACAAAUGGUCUACCAACAGUCUCCACUUCUGGGAUGUAUUACUCUGUGUCUGCUCAACACAUCACAGAAAACAGUUUUCAAGUGACGGAAACUUCCCGGGGGAUGGAUACCUCCCUGGGAUUGCAAUCUCCAAGCCAGACAUGUUGUCUGGCACUAACUUCAGAAUUCUCCAAGUCCUGCAGUAGCAGAAAUACCCAGUUAUUACUUGAGAGCAAUCCAUCACCUGAGCUUGGGGACGUUUCAACGAUCAUUCCAGUCCAGAGUCCAACUAAUCUCUUGACAGUGUCUCCAGCUCCAAGCCAGGACAAAACCGAGAACAAGGAUUUGGAUGGGAUUAAAACCAAGCUUUCAAAGCCUCUAGAGGCCUACCAGUUCCCAACAGAAAAUCAAGAUCCUCCACUGCGUCCUUUAGAAAUCCCUGAUAUUCGCCAGCUUCUGUCCUGCAUCGAUCCUCUUGGCCAAGAGGAGCAGCCUGGUUCCGAAAAUGCCAAUCUGAGAAAGAACAGCCUGACUCUUGAGGGCAAAGGGCUACCUGAAGAUGGGAUUGAGUCUAGCAGUGAUCUUGCAGACAUCACUACAUUGGUGGAGGAUACUCACCUCCCCUCCAUCUUCAGUUCCUUUCAAGAUCUUGACCAACCCAAAAGUCCCUCCGCAAAGAAGGCCAAAGAUCCCAGUGCCAUCAAGGCAAAUCAGGUGCAGGACAACUCAAGCAUCAUAAAGGGCCACUCUGACGAAGUCAGAAAGAACAAGCAUAAAGCUGCCGAGCCUAUCCAGGGUGCUCCCAAGGCCAAAAUCCAGCCAAAGAAGCCAGAGAGCCUAUUACAGGGAGAAGUGGCUGUCUGCAGUGCUACCACCAGCGACAGCACUUCUGUGAGCAAGGGCAAGCAUUCUAGUGACAAACCCCACAAAGCCACAUCCAACAGGAGCAGCACAACUAAGAGGCAUGGGCAGGAGAAGACCAGAAGGGGCAGAGAGAACAGCUCCAAGAAAUCUGAAAACAGGAAGCAGUCGGGGACCAAAGUUGAGGCAGACAAAAAGCAAGCCAUUCCCAACAGGAAGCGGAACAAAAAUCAACAUGAGCUUAGCCAAGAGACCUUCAAAAAGCCACGAACCUCCCUAGGCAUGCAGAUGCUAGCGUCCGUGCAAGUUUUCCAUGCACUGGGGAAAAAGACCGACAAGAAAACUGGAUUCUCUUCUUCCCGGACUCUGGGAAGCUCAACCAACACCCAGAAUGCCCAGACACUCUCAGCUCUCCAACCAUGCCUGGAUACCCGAUGUGAUGGGAAAGGCCCGGACAAAACUCAACUCAAGGCACAGGAGCUGGAUGAUAGGGCUGAAAAACAGUGUCCCUCUCCAUCCCAGUAUGAGUUGCCACCACCUGCAAAGGUCAAGUUGCUACCGUUGCCCUUUCUGACCCCGGACAAACCUCAAGCUCGACCUGUUUCUCGAUGGCCACACCCUCCGGCCUCACGUAGGCCUGCUGUGGCUUGCCCUGCUCAACCUGGUUCUACUAACUCAGUUCAGUCAACUGCAGUCGAUCCGUUCCAACCGGCUCCUACCAACGCACCUUUGACAGGUCCUGCCAGACCAGCUCAGCCAAUUUCGACCAAUGCAACCCAACCUGGUUCAGCAAACCCUAACCGGCCUCCUAUUGCCUCUCAGUCUGCUGCUUCUAGGCCAGCACCCUACAAAACAUCAUCUUGCUCUUCUCUCCAGCGGGAGCCCGUUUCCAGUGCUGUGACCAAUCUCCAGUCACUGCCCAAGCCUCAAAAUCAGUUUCUCAUCCAAGACUUCAGCUUGCAGUUCAGGCCGUGGAGGACACCCAACAUUUCUGGGCCAGUAGUGUCAACGCCCAUCACAAAAGAGCAGAGGCCAGAACGCGAGGCCAUGAAGAAGAAGGCCCAGCAAGAGCGUGAGAAUGCUGCCAAAUACACCUCUUUGGGGAAACUGCAGUUUUUCAUUCAAAGACAAAAAGACAUGGACAUUUCUCAAUACUACGGCUACAGGAUCUAAGAGCUGCUGAGAGUGUUGGCUUUACUUUGGAUACCAGCUGGUUUUCCAAAUAAAUAGACACUAAUUUAUUCAUUCCAAUAAUAUAUUUUUAAAAAUAAACAAACAAAUCUAACACAAUUAAUAAGUAAUAAGCAUAAGUAAUAAACAGGCUUUUGGCUUUGAAAUG